AUGAGUGAAGAAGAGAAACCAGUACAGAGAGGGACGAUAGAAGAGGCUGAAAUAUCAAGCAGGAGUUCCAGUCUAAUUGAAAAACCUGACAAGAUCACAAAUGAAGAUGCCCUGAAUGACGAGUAUCUUGAAACUGUUACAUUUACAGCGGAGGAAGAAAAAGCUCUAGUGCGCAAAAUUGACCUGUAUAUUCUUCCGCUUAUGUGCUUUGUGUUCCUUUCUCAGUACCUGGACAAACAAUCUUUGAGUUACGCCACUAUAUUUGGUCUCACGAAAGACCUGAAAAUGGGCCAACACGAUAUUUCUUGGUGCAGCACCAUUUUUUCAAUCGGCCAGCUGGGUGCAAAUUUUGUGUUCACUUAUCUAAUGACGAUCGUCCCAAGAGCUCCAAUGACGGGCGCUUGUGUUGUAAUCUGGUCUGUGUGCUGUAUGUGUUUGGCUGCACCCACCACAAAAGAAGGGUUUUGGGUCGGUAGAUUAUUUCUGGGCAUCUUUGAGGCCGUUGUCCAACCGGCCUGCGUCUUAAUUACAUCCUAUUGGUACAGGAAGCGAGAGCAGCCCCUAAGGACUGCUUGUUGGAUAUCAAUGAAUGCAAUCGCCCAGAUUGUGGGAAGUUUCUUGAUGUAUGGCAUAGGAAAAACAAAUAAAAGCAGCGUUGCGGACUGGAAACUAAUGUUCAUUGCAUGCGGCGUUAUUUCACUUGUUGCAGGCAUAGCAUUUUAUCUCCUAAUACCAGUAUCGCCUAGAACAGCUUGGUUUUUGACAAAGAGGGAAAAAGAAAUUGCUGUUAAAAGAUUGUUUGACGAGAGCGACAGGACGGCCACCAACAAGUUUAAGAAAGACCAGCUAUUUGAGUGCUUUAAGUUUGACUGGCUGUUCCUUUCUUCUCUAGCAUUCGGAUUUUUGGUUACAGUGACAAGUGGAACAAUCAUAUUCCAGUCUCUGAUGUUGUUCUCGUUCGGCUACGAUAAGUUUGAAGUUAUGAAAUAUGGUUCUCCUGCAGGUGCAGUUCAACUUCUAUUUAUCUGGGUUGCUGUUGUAGCUGUGAAAUUGUUCCCUCGCGAGCGCGCUAUGAUAUCUUUAGCCCUUGUGUGUGUACCACUUGCUGGAAGCAUCAUGGUACUUUCUCUUAAACAGAGCUCUGGGUGGUGGAUAAUUGUGGGGUCAUGGCUGGGGUCAGUUAUUUCCUGUAUCAUGUCAAUUUUACUGAGUUUGAUCUCCAGUAAUGUUAGGGGUAAUACCAAGAAAUCGGUAUGUUCGAAUGCUUUCUUUGCGGGGUACUGUCUGGCGGCUAUUAUUUAUCCUCAAUGGUGGGUAGGUACUUAUAAGGGAGGUCUGAUCGUGAAUAUCAUCAUGUGGAUCAUCAUGGAUAUUUACUUGAUUUUUUACAGGUUCAAGGCUAUCUUUGAAAACAAAAAGAGAGACAAGCUGCAGGAGGAAGGAUUUACUCUUGAAACUCAUCUUGUAGAUGAUUUGACCGACAAGCAGAAUAUACACCACAGAUAUGUUUACUGA